AUGAUUCAUUUAUCGAUAGGGUUUCAAAAAGUGAUUUCAUAAGGUGAAUAUGAAAAUGAUCACAUCUCUAGACUAGAGAGGUAAAUAAAUUUAUUAAUUUUACAGGGUUAAUGAUGACUAACUAAUUUAUAGUUUUAAUGAUAAUCAUCAUGAACAUUUCAUCUAAUUCAGUGUAAUAAGCAAUAAAAUCCCAGUAAUAUUAUAGAAGCUCAUGGAAGACUUUAGAGGAGUUGAUCUAAUUCUUCUAGGAUACUUAUAAUUACCUAUAGAUGAUUCUGAUCAAGAUGCAUUAUUACAAAAAGUCUCAGAUGAGACCCAAGGUCGAAAUUAAGAGUGUAAAAAACUAGAGAUUCAUGAAAAUAUAAUCCUCUAAGUAUACAAAGACGAUCAUGAUUUAUUAUUUAAAAAGACUAUCGAUUAGAAAUCUUGA